GGAUUCUUAUGUUGAAUUGAAGUUUUAUGCUCAAGACAGUGAUAAAAUACAUUAAUUGUAAAUAAUAUUUAUCUUAUAUGUCAUGCCUUUUUUUAUGUUAGCAAAUAGAUAUGUGAUGUAUUGGAGAUGUGGUGAGUUGGGAAAUUUUUUACGAUACCUGGCUAUAAUUGUUGUUAGAAUUACCAUGGCAGUUAAGUUAUGAAAUUGUUUGUUCAGCAUGUGGCUGGCUGCUUGCCCCCUUUUUGGAAUUUCGUAUUAGAGCUUUAGGAUUGUUGGCCCUUGGAAAACUAUCUUCGUUAACUUCUUGGACCUUUUGGUGAUCUGCAUAAUUUGUAUCUUAUUCACCAUUAGAUGUUGAAUUUGCAAGGACGAACUUGGCCUGUAGGAUGCAAACUAAGCCUUCUAUUGCAAUCGAAGGCAUUAGAUCUCUCAAUGUAAGCUGAAUGUUCAUUUGGUUGGCUGAUGAAUUUUAUGCAUCUAUUGUGGUUCAAUCUUUUAGGAGGGGAGUAGUGUAACCUAUAUCAUGUCAAUAGAAAAAGAUAGUCUUUAUUUGGGUUUGUCAUGAAUGACAUGUCAAUUUCUGAUAUAAGAAACUUUUUAUUCUUUUCCUUCUGUUGCCUCAACUUUGAGGAGAAGGGAUAUUCUUAUCCUGACACUGCAUUGCUGCUGAUCUUAAUAUUAAACCAGUCAUACUAGAUUACUAGUUCUGAAUCUUCUGAUUGUCAUGCCAAAUCACAGUCAUAAUUCUUGGAUUUGUUGUAGCAUUAAUUAUGUUUUGGCCGGGAUAGGUACCAUUUCUUUUUGGUGUGCCUGCUUUUGAGAGAGUUGCUGGUUUUGUAAUUCAUUUGAUAUUCAGAAGAACAGGCCAGCACCUCUUUCUUGUAGAUGAUGAUGAAGGAAAGCCUCCAUUAUUACGACGCAUGCUAGAAGACAGCGAGGAAUUACAUUAUAUGUCUGCUUUGCGUUCGUUCGAACGCCGGGUGGCAUAUUCAAAUGUUGGGUAUGACCAUAUAGUUGGCUGGAGAACAUCAUCAAUAAGACGUAAUAUUGAACUGCCCAAGUGGGAGGAUUCUCUAGAUGAAAAAUAUCCACAUAUCGUUUAUGAAGAACACUGCAAAGCAAGUGAUGGAGAGCAGUGCGAGUCUGUUUCGACAAGUGAUGAUGGUUUAGAUGAGCUGGAAGAGGAGCUGGUGAUUGGCCUAUCUCGCGUUACAUGGGAAAAAGUGGAUGUCAGCUUCCACAGGAGCAAGCUUAAAUUUGCUGCACAUAGUAUUAUUCAGGUAAAAGAGGAUUACAUGCAAACUGAAGGUGCAGAUGUCAUCCAACAUAUGAUCGAUCAUUUUCUUCUUUAGGAGUGUCAUCUCUGAGAAUGCAUGCCGACUAAGGUAAUGCACGUGUAUGGUAGCCUAUUUUAUGAAAACCUACCAUCGUACGGGAAUUCUUUAUUCAGUAUCACCCUGCGUGUAACCAAACACUUUGGACCACUUAUUAUAAAUGAAAAUAUUUCAUCGAAAUAGAUAUAAUUUCUUCAUGGUCA